AUGGUCAGCAUCAUGAAGUUCUGGACACCUCUACUCAUGACAUUCCUGUAUAUGGUGCUACUGUCUGUGCUGGGCGAAAUUAAGGAAAGAUCAGACUUUAAAACAAGGGAGAGAACAUUAAUUGAGGAGUGCUGGGGAGAGCCAAACAUCGAUGACUGUAACAAGAAGUGUUCUAAAACCUUUAUAUGUGUAAGGGUAAAUUACACGUGCUGCUGGACCUAUUGUGGCAACAUCUGUUGGAGAAAAAUCUAUGAAAGAUAG